AUGGGCCACCCUGAAGCCAACACCAAUCCAGGGGUCGAGAUCUCUACUCCCGUCAUCCCAAGAGAACCAGACUUGGAGCGAAACUCAGAAAAGAUCGAAAACGUAGAAAUAGUGACGGAGGUCGGUGAGCACAAUGGAGUGGAAAAUACUGAACCAACAUUGAAAAAGUCGCUUUCCUUUAAACUAGCCUUCAUAGGGCUUGCGGCAAUCCUUUUUGUUUUUCAGCUAGAUGCGACCUGUCUGGGCAUUGCCCUUCCAACUGUAGCUGGUGAGUUAAAGGGCUCGAGUUUGCAAUCAUUCUGGGCGAACCUGGCUUACACCUUAUGUGGUCUGGUCAUGCAACCGGUUUGGGCCGGUAUAUCUGACGCGUUCGGUCGAAAGCCGCCUCUCUACGUGUGCAUGGCAUUAUUCCUUAUCGGUUCCAUCAUUUUUGCCCUUGCGCAAAAUAUGAACACCGUCAUUGCCGCACGGGUCCUCCAGGGCUUCGGCGGCGGGGGAAUUGACGUUUUAACCCAGGUGAUUCUCGCCGAUAUGACGACGUUAGAGGAACGUUCGAAAUAUCUCGGCUUGAUGGCCAUUCCUUCAGCCGUUGGAAACAUUAUGGGACCUAGCGUUGGUGGCCUUUUUACUACGUAUGCUACUUGGAGAUGGAUUGGAUGGAUCAAUCUGCCGUUCCUAGGAGUAGGGACGCCUUUAGUGUUCUUCUUCCUUAAACUUCGGCCCGUCCCGCUCGAUGCAACGCUUGCCAAGAACUUAAGGCGCAUUGACUGGAUCGGUAUAACGCUUGUCAUUAUUGGAAUCACGAUUUUUGUUAUACCAAUCAGUUGGGCGGGUUCUUUAUUUCCAUGGGCUUCCUGGCAGACCCUCCUCCCAAUGCUCUUAGGGGUCGCGGUGCUCGUCGCUUUUGCCUUCUAUGAGGCGAAGCCCGCGGCACCCAUUGUUCCUCAUCGACUCUUCCACUCAAAGACCGGGAAUAUGGCACUGCUAGGGGGCUUCAUCCAUGGAAUGGUUCUGGUCUCCUUAUUACAGUACUUACCCUUACUUUACCAAUCCGUAGAGCUCGAAACCGCAAUCUCAGCUGCAGUCUCACUAUUGCCUACGUCUAUUAUCAGCGUAGUGUUCGCAGUCGUCGCAAUGAUGAUGGUCCCAUUAUUCGGAGGAUAUGUAUGGCUUCUACGGCUUUCAUGGGUCAUCCUUACACUAGGAACUGGCUUGCUGGCCCUCUUCGAUGUUGGGUCCUCAUCAUCCAUGUGUUACGGGCUUCCUAUUCUUUGGGGGCAAGGCGUUGCGCUACUACGUCUCAAUAUCCUUCCUAUGCAAGCGAGCGUGAAGAAUGUUGACGAUACAGGCGUAGCUAUUGGGUCAUUCCUCUCUAUUCGCAUGUUUGGAGGUCUUAUUGGACUUACUAUUUCCUCGACAAUCUUCAGCAAUGUUUUCUCGAUGUCCAUCUUUAACAGCGCAAUCCAGUUAACGGGAGGGUUAGCACCUCUUAAAGACGCCUCAAAUGCAGUGAACUUCAUUGAAAACUUGAGAUCACUAGAUAUUUCUCUUACAACACUGAAUCAGGUCUUGGGGGUCUAUCUGAACUGCUUCCGGACAAUAUUUUAUACGAUGACCGGUCUGAGUGCAUUGGGUUUGAUAACUUCGAUGUUUCUAGAUGAGAUUGAUCUUAAAGGGCGAGAUCUUGGGAACCAGCGUUUUGAGGAAUAG